CGAAGUUAUAAUGUCUCUAAACUUUUUAAGUUUCCCUUCCGCUCUCUUUGUGUCACGAUUAUAAUAGUUAAUCGAUAUCUUAUCAAAUUUGAACUUGAACUCGUGUUGGCAAAAACCGGUAAUUUAGAAACUAUCAAUUAAAGUCAAAUUUAAAUACAUCCAAGGUAAUUAUUAUUGUUUGUAAAAGAUGUUUAUAUGUAGCCAACCUACAUAGAUCUACAUACAAAAUAAAUGAAACUAAGUGAACAAUAAACUAAUUUAUUUUGCGUGUUUUGAUCCUUGUUUUUCAUUAAGUAAGAUUAAAUGGAUUUUGUGAUGGACAUUUGUUUGUCAUGAAUGUCUAAACCGUCAAUAACUUUGAAUAUUAUUUGUGGUCCAUAUUGUGUAGUUUUAACUUUUAUUUACUGUUUAUUUUUUUGUAUUUAUUGUAGUUCUUUACUUCCUUGUUGCCAUAGGAUUUUAGUCUUUUGAAUUUCAAUAAUUUUUAUGAAGUCGCGUUUUAUUUUAUAUCAAAAUGCUUCCCAUGCAAACUGUAAGUAGUAUUUUAUUAUUUUAAUUUUCCUUAUCUGAUCUGAUUAUAUUAUUAUCUUAUCUCGGACAAUAUUAAUAGAAAUCUGUUGUAUUUAUAAAUUUGGUAAUGCAGUGAUUGGCUUAAAGUCAUGUCUGAACAGUUGGUGUUUAACUUUUUGUCCAUGCCCAUGAUUGUGGGGGUUGGGAUCGCUGUGUCAACAGUCAUCAUCAUAACGUAUCUUUUUAAAAAGAAAAGAUCAUUUAAAAAGACUUUAGUUGAUCCUACUGCUAAAGUAUCUCUCCACCUUAUUGAAAAAAAAGAAAUUAGUCAUGACACCAAAAUUUUUCGAUUUGCAUUGCCUUCUCCUCAGCAUAUUCUAGGAUUGCCAAUUGGGCAACAUAUUUUUCUCUCUGCUGAAGUUAAUGGUGAAGCUGUAAUCAGACCUUAUACCCCUAUUACAUCAGAUGAUGAUACAGGACAUAUGGACUUAGCUGUUAAGGUUUAUAGGAAAAAUACUCAUCCCAAAUUUCCUGCUGGUGGAAAGAUGAGUCAAUACCUUGAAGGUCUUGAAAUAGGAUCCACUGUUGAUGUAAGAGGUCCAUCUGGACGUAUGAAGUAUUUAGGACAAGGAGUAUUUUCCAUGAAAAUUCUUCGUAAAGAUCCAGCUUACACUGUUAAAGUUAACAAAGUAUCGAUGAUAGCUGGUGGUACAGGAAUCACACCUAUGCUACAAUUAAUAAGACAUAUUGUUAAAGACAGUUCUGAUAAUACAAAAAUGGCUUUAAUAUUUGCAAAUCAAACUGAAAAAGAUAUUUUGCUUCGUGAUGAACUUGAGGAAGUUGCCAAAAAUAAUCCUGACCAGUUAAAGUUAUGGUAUACAGUUGAUGUUGCACCAAAAGAUUGGCAAUAUAGUGAAGGAUUUAUUUCUGCUAAAAUGAUUGAGGAGCAUUUAUUCCCACCUUCAAAUGAUUCUCUUGUAAUCAUGUGUGGUCCCCCUCCAAUGGUUAAUUUUGCAUGUAUUCCUAACCUCGAUAAACUUGGCUAUGAUCCUAAGCUGCGUUUUGCAUAUUAAUAUCCUAAUUUAUAACUUAGUGUUGUUAUUUAUAGUGCACUUUAAACAUACUGAAAUUAAAAUGUAUAAUAGGUUGAAGCAUGAUCAGUGAUGAUACUGUUUCACUUAAUAAAUUGUUGGAAUGUUAACAGAGGACAAGACAUUCAUAUGAGUCUUGAUUAGUUGAAAGUAGUUAAAAAAAGGAAAAAGAAAGAAAUUGAUGAGAUGUGACUACUUAUGCCUGCUGUGAUAGAGAAAAAUCACUAAGUAAACAUGACACCAAUCUUAAUGGCAUAUUUUUGACAAGAUGGAUAUUAGAUAUUUUGAAAAGUAUUAAAAAAGAUUAAUAAAUUUCAUAAUAUAAGUAUUUUAGAAAAUAACUUAGACUGAAAAGGUUAGGAAAGACACUAUGAAGUAUGUCUUAUUUUAAUAUUUCCUGAUCGAUAUUUUAACAUGAUCACGUGUAAAUUAUAUGAUUGUUUAUGGCUUCACAAGUAGAAAAGUGGAAAGUGGAUAAGAAAGUAAAGUAUGAAGAUAUAAUAUAAAUACCUGUAGUCAUUUUUUUUCUGUUUUUGUUUACGAGUGUUUUUGUUUUGAGUGUAUUUUUCGAUUUAUUUUUUUAAUUUUUAGAAAAUAAAAUUAUUUAUAAAAACAA